UCAUAAACCUCCUCGAACUGUUCCAGAAAGCACGUGGAGGACAGACACUGGGUUAAUGUUAUCGUAAACUUGCGGAACAAGAAAUGAGUGCUGGUGGAAAAUGCAUCGCUAAAAUGACUGUGUUUUUUAACGAAACAAUACCAUCGGAAGUUGUCACAUGUUUUUGUACACGCGCAUUACUAAGUGAUAGAGACCUUUCGAAGUAUGUGAAAGAAGAAAAGAGAAUUUUAAAAGAAGAACAAAUAGCUGUCCAGGUUGAGACAAUGCAUCUUGAUGACAUCGAUGAAUCUGAUGAGACUCUGUUCCAAGAGCUAGAAUUGAUGAAGAAGAUGGGUUUGCCAACAUCUUUCUGUGACAUGAGUUCUGAGAAAGAGUCUGUAUCAUGUAGGGAGACUAAGAGACAAAAGAGGUUAAGUAAAAGUAAAGAAAAUGAUGCUUUACCAAGGGAAAAGCAAAUUACAAAGUUCAAUAAAACAGACAGCAAGAGAAAGUGUGAGGCAAAUAAGCAAAUGAUAAAUACUGCACUUCCUUCAGCAAAUUUUGAAAUUGAUGAGGGUUGCUCAGGUCUAUGUAUACCAGAGCAGGGAACAGUAACUCCCCAUUGUUGCUCAGAUCUCCAUGAUGAAAGUCCAAUUCAAAGAAAGAAGAAUUUCUUUGAAGACAUGGACAAUACCAAGUUCAGUGGAGGGAAAUUUUUGCAGGAGAACUCAAGUGUUACUAUGCCACCAUCAGAUGAAAUGUCAGAACACCAAGUCGAUAGAGAAUGUACCUGUUCACAUGAUUUUUCUGUGAAGUUCUUUUCUCAGGACUGCACAGAGAAUCAAAAUAGUGCUCCUACUGAAAAUAUACCUGAAAGUCAAGUGGAAGAACAAAAUGAUUUACAGUUGUUGGAACAAUUAGAUAUCAGCAAAAGCAGUGAUUCUGAACAAGAAGAUGAGAGAAUGCAAACCACUGAGGGAACUUUUAUGCUGGAAACCCCUUGUGUUUUGAAUUCUGAAGAGAGUGGUACAGCUGAGCAAAGCCAACUAGUGUACCAACAGGAACAGGAUUCAAGUGCAAAAGCUACAGAUUCUCAGAAUAUUACAAUCCCUGUUCCUAUAACAAGUGUCCCAGAAGGUAGGAAAAGUCUUUUAGUAGUUGAACAAUCUAAUGGCAAAUUUGAAACUCAUACUCUUGACGACACAGAAGAAAAAAAAACUCUCUCUUAUUCUUAUAAUUAUAAUACCACAGAACAGAACAUCAGUUAUGACAGUGGCUGGGAACAGUAUUGGAAAAUAUAUGGUUACUCUUUGGUAUGGGAAAGCUGGAAAACAAUUUAUCCUCAAAUUGUUAGUGCUCAAAGUAAUAACUGUUUAACAGAUGAUGAAGAAGCAAGCUCUUCCAGUGAGGUCCAAAGUGAUACCCAAGCAAACACCUCAAUGAAUGGAGAAAAAAAAGAAACAGAAGUAAACUCACUCUGGGAACAAAAUUACCAGGAUGUACAUCAUUAUUACUAUGAACAGUACCACUAUUGGGCAAGUAAGGGUUACAGUUUUGAUGGUCAUUUAGAUCACUUCACAAGUGAUCCAGAUGAGUCUGUGACUACUUUUGAUGAAGACCAAGACUGUGAUUCAGGAUUAGGAAAAGAGGUGGGUCACAGUUUCCAUAGUCAUUUAGAACACUCUGCAGGUGAUCCAGACAAGUCUGUUGCUUUCAAUGAUGAACACCAGGGCACUGUUUCACAUGGAUCUGGAAAAAAGCCAAGGAGGAAGAAGAAAGGCAGAUGUGGUGGGGCUAGCCACUCAGCAGCAAAGUCAACAGCACAUGCAGGCAGCAGGCUGCAACCACGGCAAGUUUCCAGGGGAAAGAUUGAAUCAUGUGAUGGAAAUGAACCACCACCUGAAGAGAAAUGCAAAAAAUUGAAAAGGGCCCAUGAGUUGGAUGUGGAAGAAGAAAAUACCUUGAGUCUUGAGAGAGCAUAUGAAAUGAUGGGAUUCAAGGUAUCUCGCAAAUUACCUCUUAACACUUCCUGCUCUUCAACCUUAUCAAGUGUCCCUAGUGGAAGUGCCAAACUGAUAUUACCCGUAGAAGACCUUCAGACCAAGAACAAUUUUCUAAACUUGCACCAGGUGUCGAAAGUUCCCAAACCGAAAGGAAUACAUCUUAGAUUUGAAGAUGAAGAUGAUGAAGAUGAUGAAGAUGAUGAAAUACAUUGUUUCACUCGAGAGGGUGAGAAGCCUUCACUACUUCAUGCUCAGGAGAAAUCACAAGAAGAAUCAGAAGAUCAGAGGGGUUUUAAACAUGACCAAGACACAGACACAGGCUGCUGCGUGGAUUUAAGCGGUCAAAUUGAUUCAAGUCCGGAUUCUAGUGGUAAAGAUAACACAAAUGCAGAUUUAAGUGGGAAUAGUGAUUCAAAUGUUAAUCUAAGCGGUAAAACCGAUUUAAAACCAGAGUUAUGUGAUUCACAUAUCGAUUCUGGCGGAAAAUCUGAUUCAAACUUGGAUGUUGGAAACAAUAUGAAGGAUCGUCAAGUUGACGCUGUAGACAACCAUAAUAAUGCUUGUCUUCGUUCAAAUGAUCACCGCAAAGUUUUCUUGAACCAGGACACUACUGAUGGUGUUAAGGUGAUAACAGAUCCUCAGCAAGAUCCAGAAAUUGCCAAGUACUGGGCGCAGAGGUACCGCUUAUUUUCGCGAUUUGACAAAGGUAUCAAAAUGGACAAAGAGGGUUGGUUUUCUGUGACUCCUGAGCGCAUAGCUAAGCAUAUCGCAGAACGGUGUCGUUGUGACCUUAUCGUGGAUGCAUUCUGCGGAGUGGGCGGAAAUGCAAUUCAAUUUGCCUUCACCUGCGAACGCGUCAUAGCAAUUGACAUCGACCCUGUAAAGGUCGCCCUCGCUCAUCACAACGCCACAGUGUAUGGAGUGGCAGAUCGGAUUGAGUUUAUUUGCGGUGAUUACACGAGGCUGAUACCGCGCUUGAACGCUGACGUGGUGUUUCUGAGCCCACCAUGGGGCGGACCUAACUAUACCAGCGCAGAAGUGUUUGACAUUCGAACUAUGAUAACAUUGGAUGGCUUUAGACUUUUUGAAGCAACCAAAUCGAUCACGGAGAACAUUGCUUAUUUCAUGCCUCGUAACGCCGACAUCGAACAACUGUUAUCCCUUGCUGCUCCAAGUGGUAAGGUGGAAAUUGAGCAGAAUUUUCUAAACAAGAAAUUAAAGACAAUUACUGCAUAUUAUGGAGAACUGGUGGAAGAGGUAUUUUCAGCGUCGCUAGAAUGUAACCUUUUUGAUAAGCUACUUAAACAGUGGAUAAUUUAUGAAGACAGCUCAAUGGUUAAAACUUUGUCAUCUACAGGGCGAACAGUACCAAUGUUCGCUUUAAAUAACAGGAAGAAAAGAUUAAGGCAGGCCUUGUACGCGAACCCAACAACAGACAGCUUUGAAGACUCUUCAGCCUUCACGUUAAACAAUGCUGGAGAGGGAUACUUUGAUGCUAGUGAAGUAGCGAUACCACAGAAACGUUUUCAGCGACUUCAACCGCCAAAUUCCUCAAACAAUGAGAAAAAUGUCAACGGCACUUCCUCUUUCUUGCGACAAAACCAGGAGUCAAUUUGUGGAAGUGGUAGGAGUGGAAGCUCUUUGCCAUGCAGUGGGCGUUAUUAUGGCACUAAUCAAAUUGGAGCACAACUUCGCCAGCCGAUAAAACAACAAACCCAUUCCUUUCUCAUCAAUAGUAUGGAUUCACCACCAACCAAUUAUCCGUCCAGUAACAAGACUCUGCAACACCAGCCAGUCACAGGUUUUCAAGGCUCUGGUAUAAAAGUUGAGAAACAAGAUAUGACCAGACAAAGAAAACCAGGCCAACAGGAUCAGAAUUUUCAGUCCAAGGAAUGGUCCGGUAAACAAAUGAAUCUCAUGGCCACUCCAACAGACAAGUCUCUCAAGUUUUUAACAGCCACAGUUCAAAGUGUUCUUAAGUGGAAACAGUAUGAAGACAUGGUCACUUCAAUUUAUGAAGUAUUUGGAUCGCCAACUUCCAAGAUUGACAAGAGGGAAGAUGCACAGCUAGACUUGAAUAUGGCUCGUCGUGAGGAUAUUUAUGACGUCUGUGUGGUGGGGGCCGGUAUAGAGGGAAGUUCAACAGCUCGAUACCUUGCUUCGCGGAAGAAAAAGACUCUCCUCUUAGAACAGUUUCCUCUUCCCCAUGCACGUGGUAGCUCACAUGGUCAUAGCAGGAUUGUUCGCUAUGGUUAUCCAGAGGAUUUUCAUGUAGCAUUGAUGCCAGAGGCCUUUGAAAUAUGGAGUGAGGUUGAAAAGAAAUAUGGAAAACCUCUUAUCAAGCUUUUUUUAAAAUGGUUGCUAAUUUUGUUAUUUUCUUUUUUCAGAAAGUGUGGUUUGUUAACGAUAGAUGAACCUCCCUAUGCAGAUGUAGCACAAGUAAUUACCAACGUACGAGGCGUAGGGAAAGAAUGUAUUCCUCUUUCAGCUGAAGAAAGCAACAAGAGAUUUCCUGGUUUAAAUUUCUCACCAGAUGAUUCUUGUGCUCUGGAGCAGGACAGUGGAUUAAUUGAUGCCAAUAGUGCACUUAAAGCGAUGCAGGAACAAUUUGUGGAAUUUGGUGGAAUUUUGCAUGACAGGGAGAAAGUAUUAGAUAUUGAGCCAGGCACUGUGGUCAGCAUUAAAACGGUCAACAACACAUACAAGGCAAGAAGUGUUGUCAUCACUGUUGGUCCUUGGGUGAACAAGGUGCUAAAUCCUCUUGGUGUUACAAUACCCCUUAGUAUACAGAGAAUGAGUGUUUGUUACUGGCCAGUAACUGAACCCCAUCUCUACUCUGCUGACAAGUUUCCGGCCUACAUAUUUUGUGCUCCACUGGGAUGUAGAAAAACUCAUGUUUAUGGGUUUCCAAUAAAUGAGUAUCCUGGGCUUAUUAAGAUUUGUCCUCAUAAAGGUACAGAUAUACCCAGUGCUGACCACAGAGAUUCUUGCACACCACAAGAGGACCCCAAUGUCCAAUUUACAGCUAAAGUUAUUAAGGCUCGCUUUCCUGGUGUGAAGCCAGAACCAAGUAUUGUGGAGUCAUGUAUUUAUUCAGUUACUCCUGAUCAUCUGUUUGUGAUGGACAAGCACCCAGAAUUUAGGAAUAUUGUAAUUGGCGCAGGCUUUUCAGGGCAUGGUUUCAAAAUGGCGCCUGUUGUUGGAAAGAUCCUGUCGCAAAUGGCGCUUGGUGAGAAAGUAUCCUACGAUGUGCUGCCUUUUAGGCUGUCCAGGUUCACAAGCUUUGGAAGAAGUAAAUCUUCACUAUAGAACGCUUCUCACAGCACUUUUCUUAUUGGAGUGUAUGAACUGGACUGAUUUCAGGCAUUCCUCCAAAAAGCUGUUUUAUUUUUUAGUAACAUACUUCACUUACUCUGAGUCCCAUAUGUAGAUUGGGACCGUUACCAUUUCAAACUAUGCAGUCACAUUUUAUUCCACUCUCCCCCUUUGGGAAGUCACGCAAUCCCCUUGUUUCGAGGAGGGCGUUGCGUGAAAUUUCAGUAACGCCUAUGUAAUGAGGGGCUAUCCUAUAGAUAUUCGUCAUUGUUUUUUUUUUUUUAUUUUGUUUUGCUUUUUUCUUUUCUUUGAUAUUUUUUCUUCGUUAUUCUUAUUACUAUUAUUAUUAAUCGUUUUUUAACAACUAGACCGUAUGCAAGGUUCAUAUUUUAGGUUAAAUUACUCCUGGGGAAUAAGAUUUUUUGCGUGUUCUGGACUCGCGCAAAAUGUUUUAAACCUGGAUCUUUUUUUAAUGGACAACCGAGCGCAAAUAUUCACCAUACUUCUUACUGUGUCCCCACAAACUGUCUUCCCACCCUGAAUUUUAUCAAUUUAAAUUUUUAGGAAGAACUACAAGAUCUUGGUACCGAUAAUCUAUUAAUACGGUAGCUAAAAUGCAACAAAAAAACCCUGCGAUUUAUGGUUAAUAUAUAGCAAUAAUGAGAAUCGAUUGGUUUUUUUGUUCAUUUGAUCCAUAUUCAUUGUCUGAGAGAUAAGAUACGAUUAAGAAAAAAAUUAAUGCAAAUCGCACCGUUUGGAGCCAAUCAGGUUGCAGUGAUCGCUGAUUUGAAGAUGGAUGUAAUAAAGUGGUAUAUUUAUAUCACGAAAAGUACUCAUCGAUAGAGAAGGUGGAUAUAACACCGGUAUAUUUCAAAAUAAACGAGUGUUUCCCAUUA